CAACCUUCCCUCUCUACCCUUUUUUUUUUUUAAAAAAAAAUAAAAUAAAAUAAAAACAUGACCAUGAACAACAUCUUUGUACAGGGUGGUAUUGAGGAACAAAUUAACGAUUUAGCUCUUUACAUUUCCAAAUUAAGGGGUGAAGAAGAUGAAGCUUACGUUCAACAAAUCAAAUCACUUUUCAAUUCUGAUAAAAAAGAAGCUGUUUAUGCCGAACUUGUUAAAGAUGCUUCCAUCUUUUUAACUGAAAAUGAUAAAGAGGUCGAAGGUGCUUUCAAUUUGCUCGUUGUUCUUGUUUUGGGCUCUCCUGAAUCUGUACGUCCUGAUGCUGUCAAAGCCUUGAUUGAUACUUUAACUAAAACCGAAAGUAACAAGACUGGUUUGAAACAAAAAAUUUUACUCAAUUUGUAUAAUGCCCUUCCUGGUAAUUCACCCCUUCGUUAUAAUGCCUUUAUUGGAUUAAUUGAAGCUACUGUACAAGCAGAUGAAUUAGAAUCACUUUAUGGUCAAUUAGAAUAUGUAGAUAGUUGGUCAAAGCAAUGGGGUAUUGAUCAACAAACUCAACGCAACUUGUAUAAUUAUUUAAGUCAAGUUUUAUCAAAGGCUGGUGAAGAAAAAUUGGCUUUAGAGUUUUCAUUAAAGGAAUUAACAACAUAUGAUGAAACAGAAGGUAGUCAGGUUGCAAAAGAAAUUAUUCUUCGUGCAAUUGCAAUGGAAAAUUAUUUUGCUUUUGAAGAUCUUCUUCAAUAUAAAGCCAUUCAAAACUUGAAGGGAACUGAAGAAUAUCAACUUCUUGAUGUCUUUUUAAAUGGCAACUUGGCUACAUAUCAAUCCUUUGCACAAACACAUGCUUCACUUAUUAAGGAUGCUGAUAGAAACCUUUAUAAAAUGCGUUUGUUAUCUUUAGCUUCUCUUGGUUCUGAAAAUCUUUCAAGAGAAUUAAGUUAUGCUGAUAUUGCUAGUAACUUACAAAUUGAAGAAGAUGAAAUUGAAAUGUGGGUUAUUGAUGUUAUUCGUGCUGGACUUGUAGAAGCUAAAUUGGAUCAACUUAAUAAGACUGUUAUUGUUCAUCGUAGUAUUUAUCGUGUCUUUGGUCCAGAGCAAUGGAAGAAAUUGAGUACAACAUUGAAUGCUUGGAAAGAGAAUUUGAAUGACAUUUUAGCUGUUGUUGGAAAUGCUAAAUUGACUGCUGGUGGUGCAUUGCAACAAGCUGGUGGUGCUCCAACUGCAGUCAUGGUUGAAAAUGAAGCUACUAAAUAAAUAAAAUAAAAAUAAAAAUAAAAGCGUGUUUUAUAUAAUAAUAAUAAUAAUAAUACAAUUAUAUAUAUACAAAAAAGAAACAAAUGAAC